UUUCAUUGUUCGUUUCCAAUAUGGCGGCUCUUAGAUUUGUACGAUCGGUCCUGAAAUCAUUCCAAGCAGAGUCUGGGCUAGAGCCGAGACUGUUUGGGGAGCAUCUCCGAGUCACAGCCGCAGAGCCAGGCCGUGUCGAGUUCGAACUCGACAUCCGUAAAGAGCAUACUAAUCGACUGAAUAUUCUCCAUGGAGGAACUAUCGCGAGCAUGGUUGAUUUAGGGGGAUCCCUAGCAGUGGCAUCACGCGGAUUAUAUGCCACUGGGGUAUCUACCGAUCUAAAUGUCACAUAUCUCAGCUCUGGCGGUCAGGUUGGGGAUACGUUGAAGGCAAUCGUCACCUGCGAUAAAUUUGGAAAAACGUUGGCAUACACGUCAAUUCAGUUUACCAAUAGUAAAGGAGAAUUAGCCGCAAGGGGCAGUCAUACCAAAUACAUUGCGCUUGCUUGGAAGCAUCCUGAGAACAUUGUAGGGGAGCUUUCCCCGAGGAAAUAAGGGCAUGUCCAUUCAAGGCUGGCUGAGCGAAGCCUUAAACUGCGUAUAGACCAGAAAUCCUAUCCGGAAACAAUAGAGCAACAUUACUGAACCCUUCUGAUUUGGUCUUGGACAUUGUUCUCAUGGAUUGAUUCUAAUGAGCUCGCGGUUAUGAAAGCUCCUUUCACGUGAUAUUCGGCUGGGAGAAAGAGGGAAGCUUUGUUGCACAUCGCGUCGCCGCUCGUAUUCAGGAUGUUGGACGUUGGUUUUGAUGGCGGUGGGAUUAGCAUCACGUGACUAAGAAAAGGGGUGCAUCACGUGCAUCUUACUUCCCGCUAAGAAGAUAUCAUCAACGUCACUCCAUGAUUAGCUUCAAUGUUCUUCUGACGACG